AUGGCGAGGGGCGCGAGGCCGGUGCGGUGGCCGCGGGUGCUGGCGCCGGCGCACCUGGCCGGGGCCAUCCGGCGGCAGAAGAGCCCGCUCGAGGCGGCGCAGCUGUACGCCGACGCGCCCGGCUGGUACCCGCGCGGCUCCUACCGCCACAGCGACGCCGUCCACGCCUCGCUCCUCGCCGCCGCCUCGUCCUCCCCCGCGCUGCUCCCCUCCCUGCUCCGCCGCGUCCUGCGCCGCUCCCCCUCCGCAGACGCCCUCCUCGCCGCGUCCAUCCCGCACCUCCCUCCCACGGACGCCGCCUCCAUAUUCCGCUCCUCGCUCCCCGCCUCCCCCGCCCCGUCCUGGUCCCUCUCCUUCUCCGCGCUCCUCCGCCGCCUCCUUGAUCGUGGCCUCCUCCCCGAGGCUGCCAGGCUCCUCGCCGACUUCCAGGGGCGCCCUGAGGUGUCCGUAGCGUCCGAAGAUCUCACUCUGCUGAUCGAGGAGAUGUGCCGCCUGCGGCGCCCUGACCUCGCGCUCCAGGUGCUCGAGGAAAUGUCUAAUCAGUGUCUUGAGCCGGACAGAGGCGCCUACCGCGCGAUCGUUCCUGCGCUCUGCGAUGCUGGCAUGCUCGACGAGGCUACGCACGUCGUCUACUCCAUGCUGUGGCGCGUGUCGCAGCGGGGCUGCGAUGGGGAUAUUGUGGUGUUCCGGGCGUUGCUGGUCGCGCUCUGUGCUGCUGGCCGGGGUGAGCUGGCAGAGCAAGUGCUGGAUAAGAUUAUCAGGAAGGGGCUGAGAACGCCAGGUAGUAGGCGCUCUCUGCGCGUUCCAAUGCUUGCUGUGCUUACCAUUGAGGAUGCCCGGGAAGCCAUUGACCGUGCUUUGGUUGUCCGAGGUGGACGGACUGUUGCGAGCUUUGAGUCCAUUAUUCUUGAUCUCUAUGACGAGGGACGGUUGAAUGAAGCAGACAAUUUGUUUCAGGACAUGGGCAAAAAGGGGUUCAAGCCGACAAUAUGCAUGUUUGAAGCCAAAAUCGUUGCCUUAUGCAGGGAACAGAGGGUAGAUGAUGCAAUCAAGGUGUUAGAGGAGGAGUUGGCCAAGAAUGGUCUCGUUCCCACUGUGACAACAUAUAACUUGUUAAUGAAGGGUCUUUGCGAUGCUAUGCAAGCAAUGAAGGCCCUCGGAUACCUUAAAAAGAUGGAUAAGCAGCUUGGCUGUGUUGCUCGAAAGGAGACAUUCUCUAUCUUGAUUAGUGGAUUGUGUUCAGAAGAAAAGUUUGUUGAGGCGGCAAGGGUUAUGGAGAGGAUGGUGAAGAACCACCAUCGUCCUGACAGAAAUGAAUUCAGCAACGUUAUUGAAGGUUUAUGUUCUGUUGGCAGAACAUACGAUGCAUUGGUAUGGCUAGAGGAGAUGGUUGACCAUGGAGAAACACCUGAUGUCCGUGUUUGGUCUUGUUUGGUUUCAUCAUCUUUAGGAGUAGGAGAAAGCGUUAUGGUUGCAGCUAUGUGA